AUGUUCCAAAUUAAAUAUGUGGACCUGUUCAUUGCCUGUGAUUUCUUGCUGCAUGUCGCUGGGCCGGAGGCUGGCAGGGGCCCAGCUGAGAGCAGCGUGUCCGCCUCCGGCGCUAGUGCGCUGCGGGAAGCAGGGCUCCAAACGCCGCUUCGGUUUUUGUUCGUAGAGGAAGGAUCCUUAGAGAAUGUCGCUCCCGAAGUGGUUCGCCAACCAGCCAAGGGGAGGGGCACGCCCUGCCUCCUGGGUAGGUCCGCCCUCCCCCCCCACCCGCCAGGGGGCGCCACGGCCGCCUGCGGUCUCCGGCGCGGGGCGGGGCUGCGCAUUCCGGCCGCAUCAGCGCGCGCGCGCUUGCCAGGUGCUGGCGCGGCGCUGCCCCAUGGGGACGGCAGCGGCCUUGGGGGCCGAGCUUGGCGUGCGGGUCGCGCUGCUGGUGGCCUUCCUAGUAACAGAGCUGCUUCCGCCCUUCCAGAGGCGAAUCCAGCCGGAGGAAAUGUGGCUUUACCGGAAUCCAUAUAUGGAAGCCGAGUAUUUCCCCACCAAGCCCAUGUUUGUCAUUGCAUUUCUCUCCCCGCUGUCCCUGAUCCUCCUGGCCAAAUACCUCAAGAAGACAGACACGAGGGACAGCAAACAAGCCUGCCUGGGCCACGCCCCGACUUCUUCUACCGCUGCUUCCCCGACGGCCAAGCCCAUUCUGACUCGUGCACGGGGGAUGAGGAUGUAGUGAACGAGGGCCGGAAGAGCUUCCCAAGCGGACAUUCCUCCUUUGCCUUUGCUGGGCUGGCCUUUGCUUCCUUCUACCUGGCAGGGAAGUUACACUGCUUCACACCCCAAGGCCGGGGGAGAUCCUGGCGGUUCUGUGCCUUUCUGUCACCUCUGCUUUUUGCGGCUGUGAUCGCGCUGUCCCGCACCUGUGACUACAAGCAUCACUGGCAAGAUGUACUAGUUGGAUCCAUGAUCGGCCUGACGUUUGCCUAUGUCUGCUAUAGGCAGUAUUACCCUCCGCUGACGGAUGCCGAGUGCCACAGACCAUUCCAGGACAGACUUGCACUUCCCUCCGCACCAAGGCAGCCUGGUAAUCCUUAUCACUUUGAUAUUUAGAAACAGGCGGUACUGCAGUGGAGAAUAGCUGAAUCAGCCCCUCCUAACUGGACCAUGCCCAAGAUAAGAACUUCUGUCCUUUGAACCUCUGCCAGACACGAGCGAGGACAUACAGCACUUGUUCCACCUCCUUAGGGUCAUGUGGAUUCGUCCCUGCUCACGUGGAUUUAUCACCAGGAGUCAGAUGCUUUUUCACUGCUGUUUGCUACACAUUCUGGAGAUCUUUCAGUGGUCACCAGUCUGGUCCAUCAGACUGGUAUCCCAGGAUCUAGUGUUUUACACUUACUCUAAAUGCCCUUCUCGGAAGGAUCUGUGGAAGCAUCCAUAAAGAAAAGCCCUUCUGUAGCCACCUUAUCCUGGACAUUAGCAUUAAUCAUCAAAACUUAAUUUCCAUUGCGUAUGCUCAAAGUCUUAAGAUCUAGGGCAUUUUUUUUGGUUCUAUUUACUUUCUCUGGUGGCAAUUCAAUCAAGCCGUAAGUACAAAGAUGUCCAAUUCUGGCUAAUAUACCACCAUUAUACAUAUCUUCUCUGAGUCCAGCCGGAUACUGCCGACCACUUUGAAUACUGUGGGCAUAAAGGUUUACUGAAUUAUCAGUAAACACACAGUGGCCCGGAGCUUUCCCAGGAAUACACACUGGUACUGGUUUACACCUCAAUUGUCCUUUACUAGGCUCUCAAGCUUCUUUCCACUUGAUUGAAGAUCUGCCCAAAUGCAUCAACUCUGUCAACUACGGUGGGACAGAAAGAUAAUUUUUCUUUCCUUCUUUACAGUGGGAUAGAAGGAACAAACCAGAGAUUAGAAGUGAUGCUGUCGGGCCUGUAGGUACCUUUCUCUUUAUUGAUUAUGUAUUUCUCCCAGUAAAUGUGAUCAAACACUGGAUUCCCCAGUCCAGCUGCAGUAGUGGCUGGCAUUCAAUACAGAAGGACAGUCUCAGUAUUUACCUUACAAUGACUGUGGUACAUUUGCCUAAGACGAGUGAAAGGAACUUAGGUAUUAAUUCUUUGCCCCAAACAUUUUCAAACUUGUUUUAAUGCAUAGGAGAUGAGAACAUGGUUACUGUAGAGGUUUUAUGAUGGAUGAAUCAGGUAAAAGUAAGCAACUGGUCAAUAUGGUUUUAUUUCAGUAUUUACUAAAGUUUUAAAUAUACUCACAUAAAAAAACAAACAUUUCAAAAAGUGCAAAAUAUUAGAAGGCUAAUCAAUGCUAUUAAUCUUUCCAUGCAGUCUCUCUUGCUGAGAUAAGCAUUACCAAUUCUGUAGCUGGGAACACGUAUAAAAUUAUAUCUACCAGAGUUUAAAAAUGGGCUUGGUCAGGAGAUCAUACACAGUACACAAUGGAAGUAGUGCAAGUGACACACAACUGAGGGAAGGUUUUCAGUCAGGCCUGUCACCUGGGCAAUGUCCAGCCAUGACACCACCACAGGCGGGACACAAGCAGCUCGGCUCUCUUAGUUGCCUGCCCCUCCCCACCAGGAAAGAAACAUUUCUCUGCACAUACAGUGGCUCCUCUGGCGGUCCGGGCUGGCGCUGCCCGUCUUUGAUCAACAGGACCCACUCCUGCUCGUCCUUUGGUUUCCCCUGACGGAGCACCUACCCUGCUCGUGAGGAGCACAUUUAAAUUUGAAGACAGCAGCCUGACAAAAGCUCCCCUUUAAGACGCACCGAAUGCUGAUCCUCAGGACACUCACAUUAACAUGAGCGUAUGUGGACUGUCCCAUCUGUCUGAAGCCUACUGGCUGCGUCAGCAGAUAGACAAGGAAAGGCCAGGCUCAAGGGAAAAGCCCACAGCUGCCAAGGAGAUGGCUUAAAUGAAUGUUAAAUGCCACGGCCUUGGACACCAUGAUGCAUUCACAAAAAUCAUUUAUAAAAACCAGCUUGCUUGCCCGUGCGUGCCACUUGGCACACACAGGCCUGCAGCCGGCUGAGGGACACCAGGACCACCCCACGGGAACUGUGGAGACACUGCUGUCAGUGAGCAGGGGAGACGCACAGCAUGGUGCUGAGCAGAUGCCCUGAAAGAAAACUAGUCUACGGUCACCCUUUUUCUUUCAGCAUAAGAGGCACUUCCCCCACGGCCAACCUACCUGCUACCCCCGCCCCAGCCCGCUGCCUGGGCCUUGAACGCUCAGGAUGCGGGACCUGCGGAGGCAGCAAUGUUUACAAACUGCGUCUAACAAGAACACGCCUGGGAGAUGUGGCAAGUGACUUAUACAGCUUCUCUAAUUGUACCACUAAAAGAUCAUUUAUAACCGAAGCAGCCUGUCAAGGUCUGUCAGCUUUUAUAACUACUCUCAACUUAAGAACAGAAGCUGCUAUUCAAGUGACUUAAAUCAGCCUGCAUCUAAAGUCUCUGAGCUGAAGUAUGAUAUGAAAGGACAGGUCUAGGAUAUGUUACACCUUUGCUUUAUAAAGAGGCACCUAAUAUGAACUAGAUUGCCUACUUGAGACUCUUUGAGCAGCUCAAACAGCUGUAAAAACAACAGCAUCAGUAAUUCCAAGCAGUGAAUCUGUCAGCUGUAAAGAGAAAACAAGAUUCUCUUUAAGCUAUAUUUCAGUCUGUCUGCACACAGUACUGGCAGGAAAGAAAAGCUGACUCAAAGCAACCUGGCUACCCAGUGAUCUUCCAUAUCCACUUAGGCUUCAGAUGCAGGCACCACCACCAGGAGCUAAGCCUGCUGUACUCCCAACUGCCUUCUGAACCUCAGGAGGCUGCUUCUGAACUAAAACAUUUCCUAGAAAAACUCGGACCCAAAUCAAACUCAAAGCAGACUUUAUACCACCUCAAGUAGGAAGCAAUGAAGUGUGGCACCGACACACUAUCUUUGAGGAAUUAAAAAUGCAAACCACAUCCAGCUAUGAAGCAGCCUGGCAAGCGUCCCCAUGAAGCCAGCGGUAGGUGUUGUGGGCUCUUCCCUUUGGUUUUCCGCUCACUUCCAAAGACCCCAGUGGUGAGUAAGUGCAGGCAACAUGCAGGAAAUGAUGCAGCUGAGGACAGGAAAAGUGCAGCACAAAUGGGUGGAUUUCCUGGGGAGGGACCUUCACCGUCCAUCUGGGGGGCAGAGUGGAAAAGACAUCAUCAGGCCGCACAAACUGGGAGGCGACGGGGAGAAGGCCGCAGUGUGACACAGAUGCCAGAUACACAAAGCUGGGAGACUCACAAACUUAAAUCUCAAACUGGGUUCUUUGUAAUUAAAAUGCUAACUGCUGACAAGUGUUACUGGACCUGAUCAUCAGCAAAACCCACACACUAACCCUCCUCUGGGUAAAACUGAGUAACAAUCUAAAUCUUGGUGACAGGCAACAGAAAAGUACAUUUAUAAAGAGCAUGAGGCUCCACUGUUCCUUAUAACAGGUUAGUAUGUAGGAAGAAUACUGCAUUCUUUUACAUUUAAAGACUUACACUCAGCAGCCAGAUGGUCAUUUUUACUGUAAAGGCUGAUCAAGGAAGAUACCCUGGGUUUGGUAGAUUUCUUUGAGGACCAGCAAUACUGUAUCUUCAGACUCCCUGUGAAGAGAAUCAAUUAUAUUCUGAAAAGAAGUGACUAACCUUUGUACUAGAUGCUUUGUCUACAGUUUCUCAUUCAAUCUAUGCAACCACCUUGCAAGUUCAUUUUUGUUGCAAAAAAGAUCAGACACAGAGGUAAUGUAACCGGAAGUGGUUUGGAAGGUAACCUAACAAAAGUCUAGCAUUAUGUCUGGUGAUAAAAAAAAAUAACCUAAUAGUAAAUGACUAAACUGUUCCCUUUCGCAAGAGCUCAUUACUCAGACAAUAUGGAAGAGCCAUCCAGUCGAUCACCUUAAUUUCUAAGGUGUUACUUUUUUAAAAAGAUAACAACCAUAUUGGUUCAAAAGUCAAGAUACAAAAGGGAACAAUAAUGAAGUCUCCCUCACUUCUGUUUCUAGUUCUCAUCUUCUGAGAACCAGUGUUACCACUUUCUCAUAUAUCUUCCAGAUACUGUGUGUCCAAGCAAUUACUUAUAUCCAGUUCAUAAAGAAAUGUUAUUAAAAAAUACCAUUGCUGAAGGACUGUCUUAAAGAUGUAUGAAGCAAACAUUGCUGUAGACUGCAGUUCAUUUUUUGAGUCAUGGAUCUCUUUGAGACUCUAAAGAAACCUAUGGAUUUUUCCCCAGAGGAGAUCAUACACAUGCAUAUAUAUAUAUAUGUAUGUGCCAAAGUUAUAUAUAGGGUUUCUCUGGAUUCAUUGACUUUUUCUAUCCCCCACAAACUGUAGGUUGCACAGAUCUCAGGUCAACAAACUCUUCCUAUGCCAGCAAAGGGGGAUUAGCUAAACCAGCUAUUAAAGUUCUGUAAUCCUGGCUUAUAGGUAAAUGGACUGACAGAACAGGAAGUUCAGAAAUAGUCCUAUUUAAAUACACAUAGGAAUUCAAUAAUCUUAAAUCUAGUAACAGAGUUAUAACAACUGGAUGGCCAUCUGAAAAAGGACUCGGAUCAGUCCGGCUAUUAUGAAGAUAAAUUUGAAGUGAAUCAAAGAUGUCAAAAUGAAACCAUGAAAGAUGAGAAUACAAUAUGGUAAAAUUCUUGGGAGAGUAGAGAAGAUUUAAGUAUGCCACAAGUCCCAGAAGCCUAAUAGAAAAAAUCAACAAAUCUGACUAUAAAAUGUUCUACUUAGCAAAAAACCAGUGUAUACAAGGUCAAAGACAAACUGGGGGAAAGUUAUUUGCAAUAAGUACUACAACCGAUGAGCAUUUCAAUAUAAAAGAGAAUUAACAGCAUGGAUGACACCAAGAAAAGGAAAUAAAAAUGGUUCUUAAAUACAUGUUAAAAUGCUCAUAUCACAUGCUCAUAUGUUAAGAUGCUCUUAUUCUUACCAUAUGACACCCAGCCAAUCUACUGCUAGGUAUUUACCCAUGAGAAAUAAUGUCUUCCACAUGAAUGUUCAUAGCAGUCUUCGCAACAGCCAAAAACCGGAAAAAAACCCACGUGUCUGUGAACAGGUGAGUGGAUAAACAAGCUGUGGUACACUCGUCCAGAAGUACACACUCAGCAAUAAAAAGGGGAGCAUACACACAAUGUGGAAGAACAAAUCCAUACAGAAAAGUGUGUGAAGUCAGAAGCAAACUCAUCUCCAGAGACAGAAGCAGAUCAGCGCUUCCCUGGAGACUGACUGGCAGGAGAGGACGGAGGGGUUCCCAGGGCGUGGGCACCUGGCGGUGGGGAAUGUGUCCACUAAUUUGAUUGUGGUGAUGGUUUCAGAUGUUUCCAUAUCAAAACUCCUCAUAUUUGGACACUUUAUAGCUUACUGUACAUCCAUUAUGCCUCAAAGUGCACAUAUAUGUGUGUAUGUGUGUAAUGUAAAAUACAUAUAUUGUAAUAUGUGUAUUACACACACAUACUUUACAUGUGUGUAAAUAAAUUCAAUUAUUUCAGUGAGGGACCAUUUUUCACCCAACUAAUUGGCAGAGAUCUGAAGAGUUGAUAAAACUGCUGGAAAAGCUGUAGAGAGAUAGACAUCCCUGGUGAGCACAAAAAAGAAUAACCUCUAUUUGGCAAUAAUUACCAAAUACUACAACUGCAUAUACCGUUUAUGCCAGCAAUUCUAAUUCUAAGUAUGUAUAAUAAACUUAUGAACAGAUAAAACAACAAACAAGGUGUGUCAGGAGCAAGAGGGCAAGUUAAGUCACAGUGCAUUCAUUCAAGUGAAUAUCCGCACAGCUGAAAACGAACGUGGAAACUCUGUAUGAUCGGCAAGAACUCUAAGGCACAGUAACAGUGUAGACAGGCCAGCAGGAAAAGCAAGGCACAGAACACUGCCUAUAGACUCGCUCUGUAUUUGUGAAAGAAGAGAAAUAUGUUCCCACACAUUCAUACCUGAAUUGUCUGCGUAAAAUAGACCUCUGGAAGAAAUUUUAAGAAAUGCAUGUUAAUUGCAUAUGGAGAGAGAAUUUGUUAGCUGGGAACGAAAUGUAAGAGACGCUUUUCAUCACUGGCCUUCGAACCAUAUGAACGCAUCGGCCGCUCAAAAUUUUAAACACCCCUUUCUUAGGUUUCUAUCAGGCCGCGUUGGCUAGACCAUUCUCAGGCAGCGCUGCUUUCUGCACUUUGAUUUUGUCAUGGUCUCUCUGUUGUAUGUACUAUAUAGACAUGAUGAUGAUUACAUCAGAUAAUAAUGCCUUUAUCAAAAAUUCCUCAGGAAUUCAAAGCAUUUAUUUUUAGAACACUUAUCCCUGACCCAUCUUAUUUUCCUUUAGUUUAAUUUCUUCAGUAAGUCCUAUUCCAUUAUAAUAAACAUCAAUAAGCACCUUUAACAUAUCCUAUAAACCAUCAGAUAAAGUAUAUUUAAUAGUAACUAAUAAAUUCUGGGGAUUAACGUAGAGCACGGUGACUCUAGUUAACAAUCCUGUAUUAUGCACUUAAAAGAUGCUGAGAGAGCAGCUCCUCCCAUGUUCCUGCCACACAUACAGACACAAAGGGAAUCACGUGAAGUGGUGGGGGUGCGGACUGAACCCUACUGCAGUGACCAUUCCACAGUAUACAUACAUAUCAAUCUCAUUGCACACCUUAAAUUUACAGUUACAUGUCAAUUAUACCUCAAUACAUGUGGAAAAAAUACUUAAACAUGAAAAAUUCAAACAUUAAAACAAAAAUGAUAAUAAAUUCAGAUCUAGCUUAGCUACUAUAUACUUUCUCAAAACACUAAGCAAUAGUAACCUAUUUGUCUGGGUCACUCAUACACCUGCCCUGUCCCACUGAUGGCAGAAGGACACACUUUGAACACUAAGCCACCUGAACUCAUGGUUGCUGGCGUCAUUAGCCCUAUGCUCUGCACAACUGCAAAAUAAAACAAUGUGUUGAAACCAGAUUUAUUUGGAAAAUUAUUGUGCUAUUUUGUAACUGUCUAAAUGAGAAAUUCAUUCUAAUUCCAAAUGUAUACCAGCCUAUCCUUUUGUACCUAUCAAAUAUAUGUCAAACUAUUAGACCAAAAAAAACAACCUAGAAACAAAAGGAAACACUUACCAGUAGCAGAGAUGGCUUUGUAAAGCAAAUAAAUACUCAUUAAAACUUUC